CUCUUGCAUUUACAAUAUCUAUGCCUCAUUGUUUUAUAUACUUCUAUUAUGUCUCUCUGGCAUUCUGGAGAAAACAAUCCAAGUCUGUCUAACCUGUCUUUAUUGCUAAUAACCUCUAAUCCAAGCAUUUUGGUAAACCUCUUCUGCUCCCUCUUCAAAGUGUCCACAUCGUUCCUAUGAUGGGAUGAACAGAACUGCACACAAAUACAACCUAACUAAAGUCCUAUAAAGCUGUACCAUGACUUCCUGAAUCUUAUACUCAAUGCCCUAGCCAAAGAAGGCAAGCAUACCAUAAGCCUUCUUUACCACUUUAACUGCUAAUUUACUUGUGUUGCCACUUUAAGGAAGCUAUGGACUUGGACCCCAAAAUCUCUCAAUACAUUAAUGCUGUUAAGGUUUUAAUCAUUAACUGUAGACUUUCCUCUUACAUUCGAUCUCCCUUUAGUCAGAGGGUGGUGAAUCUGUGGAAUUAAUUGCCAAAGACGGCUGUGGAGGCCAAGUCAUUGGGUAUUUUUAAUAAGCAGAUUGACAGAUUCUUGAUUAGAAAGAGUGUCAGGGUUUUGGAGAGAAGGCAGGAGAAUUGGGUUGAGAAGGAAAGAUAGAUCAAUCAUGAUUGAAUGGCCUUAUUCUGCUCCUAUAACUUGCGAACUUGAAGCAUACCGCAAUUUAUUUUGACAGUCUACCUCACAGUUUGCACUCCUGCAAUCGUGCUAGAAAGGGAGAUGACAACUGUACAUAAUAUUCCAGGUGAAUAUUCCAGUCUCACCAUGCUGUAUACAAAUUGCUUGCAACAUUUCUACUCUACAACUCAAAUAAAACAAUAAAGGCCUUUCUGAUGUGUAUGUCUGGUCUCAUGAGUGUAAAACUCUGUGAUUCCUACAUUGGCCUCAUCAGUCACCAGCAUAUCUUAUUUUUACUUAUGGUGCCUCAUAAUAUGACAUAGAAUAGUCACAGUAAAAAAGGGAACAUAGGUCUAUGGACGUAAGUCAUGCUUGAAACCAGGAGACAGCCAAAGAAAAGGCAGGGCUUGAAAAAUAGUUACAAAUAUUACUCAUUCACUCCUUAGAAUUUGUUUUCUCAGUCUCUUGGUACAUAGUAAAGCCAUUAUGCAGAGGUGAUCAUCCUCUUUGUAAAACUGCCUGACCAUUCCUUCUAUUUUUGAAUUUUGUUAAAUAGCAUGUUUCCCAUAUCGAGUUAUUUCAGAUCAUAUGGAUCAACUUUGAUCAUAUACAACACCCAUACCAGCAAGCCUAUUGCGAAAUUGUAUAAUUAUUAUAUUUCAAAUUCCACUCCAGUUCUGAUUAGGGUUUUAGCUUUUCAAUGACGCAAUGUCUCGGGUUCCUCCACUGUCAGAGUGAGAUCCAGCUCAAAUUGGGGGAACAGCACCUCAUAUUUCGCUUGGGCAGUUUACACCCCAGCUGUAUGAAUAUUGACUUCUCCAUCUUCAAGUAACCCUUGCUUUCCCUCUCUCUCCAUCCCUUCCACUUCCUAGUUCUCCGACCAGUCAGACUGUCCCCAUUACAUUUUAUCUCUGUAUGUUUUGUUGUCACCUUCUCCAAGCUAACACUGAUCUAUUCUACAUUUGCCUUGAUCCACAUCCCCUUGACGUCUCGUUUUUUACACCUUAAACUUCCUUAUCUCUGUCUCCCUCUCUCCUGACUCUCAAUCUGAAGAAGGGUCACUAUGCAAAUGACGCAAGGGGCUGCUGAAUAAUGCAUGAGGCAUAUGCAGAUGAGGCUGUGGCGCGGACGGACGGAGGCGACGCGCCGCCUCUCCAGCACGAGUGACGCCGGCAUCAUGGCGGCGAGCACAGACUGAGCACGGCCACUAACCGCCUCACUCCCUCCCUCAGUCUCCCUCCCUCCUGCUGCAGUCCGGAGAAGCGUCCCCACACGAAACGUCGCUUGUUCAUUUCUCUCCACUAAUGCUGGCUUCCUCCAGCCGUUUGAUAUUUUGCUCCAGGUUCCAGCAUCUGCAGAGUGUCUCUCUCUCUCGCUACCGCGCGCCCACUUGGCUCUAUUUGAUUUUGUUUUGGAUGCGGCUCUAACUACAAAUGGCUGAGGUGUCAUCGUCAGCAGCGGACACGGAGGCGGCAAAGCCAGCGCUCUGGUCGGCAGCGCUGGGCGGCGAUGUGGAGCCCAAGUGGCCGGUCGCAGACGGUGCGGCUGCCGGGCCGGUGGAGCCGCUGGAGCCGCUGUGUCCGCCAGCGAAGGCCGGGCCUGGCUGCAACCUCAGCUCGGCGGCUGCAGGGAGGCCAGUGCGCGUCUUAAAGAGGAACAUGAAGCGCAAUGCCAGCAGGAGUUGCCUUGGAAAGAAGAGUCAUUUGGGUUUACGCGAAAGAGAGUGGCUCAAAGCAGAUGCAAGGAGAGGUUGUGUGUACAUUCAUGGAAAGGAAAUGGUAUUGUCAAAUGCUUCUUCCGCCUCUUCCUCUGGCACGUUACUACUAUCCACUUCCUCAUCAUUUGGCCCAGAUCUUCAGCUGGUACUCUGCAGCACUGAAACUACAACAGCAGAGCUGUGUACUCAGGACAGUGAUGAUUUGUACCUGCAGCUCCACGGUGAUUUCAUCAGGAGAUUGAAUCCCGAUGAGAGGCCUCUACAAAUCCUUUAUGAUUAUCUAUCGGGAUUAGGUUUCCAGGAUCCACUUCGGAUACAAGAGGAAAGUGCCAUUGCUGAUUUGAGUUGCAUGAUUAGAUACUUUCAUGGAAAGCCAAGUAGCAUAGAGCAACUGGAUCAAAUCCUUCUAUCCGGUGUGUUCAGUGUUCGAAAAGGAAAAACUCAUUUGCACAAAUGGUCAGAACGCCAAGUUAUUCUUUGUGGUACCUGUCUAAUCGUGUCUUCAGUAAAGGAUUGCCAGAUGGGAAAAAUGCAUGUACUUCCUCUCACUGGAGGCAAGGUUGAAGAAGUAAAAAGACGACAAUACUGCCUCAUGUUCAGCUCCGCUGGGCAACAAGGACAAACCUACUAUGUGACCUUUGACUCAUACCCAGAAUGUUUACGGUGGCACAGACAGGCUUCCAAGGUUGUUUCACAGCGGAUUGGUACAGUUGAUCUGUCGUGUUACAGCCUUGAGGAACUUCCUGAAUAUCUCUACUUCAGUCAAGACAUCACACAUCUCAAUCUACGGCAUAAUUUUAUGCAUGCUGAUACUGGACUCUGCCACCUUAACAGAUUUACCCAGCUGAAAAGCCUGAAUCUGUCCAAUAAUAAACUGACAACAUUUCCAACAUCCUUGUGCGAAAUUGGGACUCUUACUGAAGUCAACCUCUCCUGUAACAAGAUACACAACAUUCCCAAAGAGAUUGGAAACCUGCAGAAUCUUCAGACUUUUAUUCUGGAUGGAAAUUGUCUUCAAACAUUGCCUGUGGAGUUGGGAAAUGUACAAGAGCUGAUGCAUCUUGGCUUGUCCUUCAAUGACUUCAAAGUGAUCCCAGAAGUGUGUACGAUUUUGACAGCCAUGGAAAAACUUAGCAUGGCUGGAAACCUUCUGGAGACAUUGACAUUGGAAACACUGGGGCAGAUGACUCACAUUAAACACCUAGAUCUGAGGUUGAAUUUAAUUGAGUCUCUGGUGAUCGACAGUCUAGAAGCUAUAAACCAUGUCACUUUCCUGGAUCUACGAGACAAUCUCUUGACUGAACUUGACUUAAGUUCUUUUGCAAGUAUUGAACAUCUACAUUGUGAACGUAACAACCUGAUCACCCUUACAAUAAGUGGGUUUUCUCUGAGGACAUUGUAUGUUGGCUCUAACCAGUUGACAACAUUGAGUGUAUAUCCACUUCCUGGUCAGCUGGUUCACAUUGAUCUCUCAAGGAACAAAUUGGAAGCUGUACCAGACUGGGUCUGUGAUGCCAAGAAACUUGAACUGCUGGAUGUUAGCCAUAACCUGAUUACGGAAUUACCUAUGAGGUUAUUGUGCAGCUUGAGCCUGCAGAAACUGUUGGUUGGACAUAACUAUCUUCACAGUCUGCCAAAUCAGUUGGAACACAUAGCUCUAGAGGUGUUCGAUGUACAACACAAUCAGCUACACGAGCUUCCAGACUGCCUUUUCCUUAAGGCUUUAAACUUGCGAUGUCUCAAUGUGUCAGCAAACAAUCUGGAAUCACUGCCUAAUGGCAGUGAUACUGAAGAGAGUCUCAGUAUUCUGCAAGAGCUUUAUUUAACAGGAAACAAGUUGACUGAUAAGUGUGCAUCAAUGCUAACUGGACACCCACGCCUUCGAGUUCUCCAUUUGGCAUACAACCAACUUCAGUCAUUCCCAGCCAGUAAGCUGUCGAAAUUCGAGUUACUGGAAGAACUGAACCUGAGUGGGAACAAAUUGAAGGCUGUUCCUACCACCAUUACCAAUUGCAAGCGAUUGCACACACUCAUUGUUCACUCCAACAGCAUUGCAGUCUUCCCAGAGAUCCUACACUUACCUGAGAUCAAGUUGGUUGACCUCAGUUGCAACGAGCUUACGGAGAUAAUGAUGCCUGAGACACUUCCGGCCUCAUUGCAGGAACUGGACUUAGCUGGCAAUCUAAAUCUUGUUCUUGACCACAAGACAUUGGAAAUGUUCAGUCAUAUCACCACUCUGAAAAUUGAUCAGAAACCUCCUGCACCAUGUAAUGAUUCAGUUGGGAAUCCUACUAUAUGGAAUCAUGGCUAUUCUGAAAUGGCGGGACAUAGAAAUAAACUCUGUCUUUCAGUUCUUGCCCUGGAUAGCUUUGGAGAUAAUCCAGAAGCAUUGUACGGUAUAUUCGACGGAGACAAGAACAUGGAAAUUCCUCGUUUAUUGCAAUGUACUGUGGGAGAUGUACUGGCAGAAGAAUUGCAGCAGUCGUGCAUAAGCACUGUAUACAUGACCCACACAUUCCUUGUCUCACACAGAAAACUGGGAAUGGUGGGACAGAAGUUGGGUUCUUCAACUGUGUUGUGUCACAUUCGCCGUGAUCCCAUUGACCACAGCAGCUACUUCACUCUUACCGUGGCAAAUGUGGGCAAUAGCCAAGUGGUGUUGUGCAGAGAUGGACAGCCAUUGUCACUUUCAAAGUUGUUCAGCCUUGAACAGUGCGCUGAGGAGCUGGCAAGAGUGAAACAACAAAAAGCCAUUAUAACUGAGGACAAUAAAGUGAAUGGUGUUACUUCUUGUACACGUCUUUUGGGCUGCACCUACCUCUUCCCAUGGGUCCUACCCAGACCUCACGUCCGCACCAUAUCACUCACUGCUCAGGAUGAAUACCUAAUCUUGGGAAACAAGGCACUGUGGGAAAAUCUGUCGUAUGCUGAGGCAAUAGAAGCAGUUAGGACUGUGCCUGAUCCUCUGGCUGCAGCAAAAAAACUUUGCACCCUUGCUCAGGCCAAUGGCUGCCAUGACAAUAUUGGUGCUGUAGUUGUAUACUUAAGUAUUGGAGAUGACAGCUGUACUUGUGAAAUACAGGGAGUUCCAUUAACUAGUCCAACUGUAUUUGCUCAUCUCAACAUGCCAGUAAAAGAUGGUGCACAUGUUUCUGGCACCCCAUCAUCCAGUAGUGGCAUAGCAUCUGAAUUCAACAGUGAGAUGUCUGCUUCUGAAGUGAGCAGUGAAGUGGGGUCUACAGCAUCAGAUGAACAGCCAGCCACAAGCCUAGAAGCUGCUACAAUCCUUCGUGCCGAGCGUCGCUGCAGCCUCCAUCCAAGUCCUUCCGCCAGUGUUUUCCAACGACAGCUAUCCAGUGCAACGUUUUCCAGCAAUCAUUCGGAUAAUGGCCUUGAUAGCGAUGAUGACCAACCAGUAGAGGGAGUAUUCUCUAAUGGUAGUAAGCUGGAAGUUGAGGUAGAUAUACAUUGUGUCCAUUUCCAAGUUCCUGGCAACACCAAUAUUUCACAAGCUCAUGACGAGGGAUUGUUUGUCAGCAUGUCUGGGGAUGACAUUGCACUGUCUUAUUUAAAGGAACAGAGACAAAAUGGUGUAAACAGCCAGCCAUUUUUAACAAUUAGCAAGGAAGGAGGUGAUCUAAAGAAGUCUUUGUCUGCAACAAACCUACAGGGUAAGAAAUUUCCAAAUGGAUCUGUGGUCCCUCUUGAAAAAAGCCACAACAUUAUUGAGGUGGCUACAGAGGCACCAAAGAAGAAAUAUGGAUACUUUGCAGCACCUGCACAAGCAGACCCAGAGGACCAGUUAGUUGUGCCACCACACCUAGAAGAGGAAGUGAAGGAACAAAUGAAACAGCAUCAAGAUCCUAUUUCAGAAGCUGAAUCUGAAAGGGACCCUAGAUUUACUCAACAGGAGGUUUAUGACACAGCAUUGUAAUACAGUAUUCCUUCAAUGAAACUUCAUUGACAGUGUCAAAAUAAGGGUUAAGACCAUAUUAGAAAUUUAUUGUACAAAAUAUAACAAAAUAUUUACAAUCAUCUCUAAAUAUUAUUUAAAUUGUACAUAAAAGAUGCUUCAGCAUAUGUCAAAAACCAAAUCUAUUGUGUAUGUGACUAUUGACCUAUUGCGAUUGUUAAUCUUCUGAUGGUUUGAGGUUUACAUUUUCAAUUAAAGCUGCAAUAUCCUUCUGAACAAGUAUUUAAAGUAGGUUUAAAAUAAACUAGCAUUCAAUUAUUCUUGAAGAUUAUAGAACAUAGAUCAGUACAGCACUGGAACGCGCCCUUCAGCCCACGAUGUUUGUGCCGAACUUGAUGCCUAGCUGAACUGAUCUCAUUGGCCUGCAUAGGAUCCAUAUGCCUCUAUUCUCUGCACUUCCAUGUGCCUGUCUAAAGGUCUCUUAAACGCCACUAUCAUAUCUGCCUCCACCACUACCCUUGACAAUAUGUUCCAAACUCCCACUGCCCCUGUGUAAACAAACUUGCCCCGCACAUCUCCAUUAAACUUUCCCCCUGUCACCUUAUAGCUAUACCCUCUAAUUUUGGUCAUUUCCACCCUAGGGAAAAAGUUUCUGACUCUCCACCCUAUAUGCCUCUUAUAAUUUUAUAUACUUCCAUCAAGCAUCCCCUCAACCUGUGUAAAAUGUUUACAAACAUCUGUGUUAUCCGUGUAAAAUGUUUACAAAAUUUUCUCAGUUAAACAAAUUGCUUCAAAGUCCAUUUUGCUGAAAGAGUGGCAGUAUCCUUAACCAGGUAAAGAUAUUUACGGGUGGCGCAACAGUAGAGUUGCUGCCUUACAGCGCCAGAUAUCCGUGUUCGAUCCUGGCUACGGGUGCUGGCUGUACGGAGUCUGUACGUUCUCCCUGUGAUCGCGUGGGUUUUUCCGGUAGCUCUGGUUUCCUCCCACAUUCCAAAGAUGUGCAGGUUUGUAGGUUAAUUGGCUUCCGUAAAUUGUCACUAAUGUGUAGGAUAGAACUAGUGAAUGAGUGAUCGGUGGUCUGCAUGGCCUCAGUGGAUCAAAGGGCCUGUUUCCAUGCUGUAUCUCAAAACUAAUUGUCCGUAGUUUCAAGUUGUUUUGCACUUUUGUGAGGUUAUGUUCCUUUAUCUCAGAUCAACGAUUUUCCUUUCAUCUAAAAUCAGCCUAAAAUCUGCAGAUUUUUAAAUCAGUUAUGCAAGAAGCAAAGUGGCCAUAACAUGUUCUAGAUCAAAUUGGCCAUAACAUGUCCUAGAUCUUUUUCGAUGUCUGAUUGCCAUGCUAGUCAAGGCUGCAUGGUUCUCUACACUGUACAUAUAAUUUUUGCUGCUAAGCACGCUAAAGAACUGACCAUCUAUCCAGUUUCAACAAGGGCAACCUUUUCAGUCAUCCCCGUUUUAAGAAAGAUCAUCUUAAUAUUUAUAAAUUUUAAUUUUGAUACAAAAAAAGUGAUACUGCAGCUUUAAAUUUAAAAUACAAACUUUUUCCAGGAAUAGUGAAGCAGCAGAGUAAAAUGAAGGCACAAACGUCUGCAGAUGCUGGAAAUGGAGCUACAAGCAAUCCAGGGGAGAAACUCAGCAGGUCAAGCAGCAUAUGUAGGGGGAAAGGAAUUGUUAGUGUUUCAGGUCAAAACCCCAUGGAGGGUUUUGGCUGUACAGAAUGCUGUUUUACCUGCUGGAUACCUCCAGCAUAUUGUUUGUAGCACAUGAAUAAAAUGAUGCUUCAGACUAUGUUUUAUUUCCAUUAUAGUGCAAUAGAUCACCCCAACUUUUACUUAUGCUUACAAAUUUCCUGGAAAAAAAAACAUCCUCUGAUUAAUUUUGGAAACUUGGAUAUAAUUUGCUAACAGUGUAUUUUUUUGCUUAAUUAUCUGUCAGGGAGUCCGUAGGUCUGCUCAGAGGAUUAGACACGUGUGCUUUAUAUAUUUUAGACUAUGUUUCAUUCGUGACAUAUAGCUUGUAGUGUGUAAUAUAAGGAGAACAUUGGAGUAUUACUAUUUUCAAAAAGAAAUCCUGGGUUAGAGAUUUUGUGGGUUAAAAUAAUUUUAAACAAAUCCACAUGAUUAAAAAUUGAGUCAUAGGGACAAAUAUAUUUUGAUUAUAAACGUUAAUAUAUUUCAAAUGCGCUUAAAUCUUAUUGUCUACAAAUCAAAUUGGGCUGCCAAGAGUUAGAUUUUGUUCAGACAUGUAUUAGAAAAGACAUCUUCUGAUGUUUUUGUGUAAAUAUCAAUCUGAAAAGUUAACUUUGUUUCACUAUCUGUGUGUUGCCUGACCUGUCGAAUACUUCAUUUUAAAAUUUCAUUUCCAAUUUUCACAUCAGCACUGUUUGCUUUAGGGUAGCAAAGUCUUUGGUUGACUGAGGAAAUGCAAUAAUAUUGCUUUGUUUUGUGAAGGACAGCCACUGAGCUGUUAAGCAGGAUGUUACCCAGGUUUGCAGGCUUGUAUUAUAGGGGGAGAUUGGAUAAACUGGGAGGUUUUCAUUGAGCUUCGGAAGCUACGGUCUACAAAUUCUUGUGCGUACAUAAAGUAAACUUUUUUCCCCAUAGGAGAGGAUUCUAAAACUAUAAGGCGAGAGGGAGAUAUUUAAUAGGGACUUCCGGGACAACAUUUCAACUCACAGGGUCAUCCUGGAAUAAGCUGCCAAAAGAAGCUGCAGAAGUGGAUAGGAUUACAACUUUUAAAAGAUAGGUUGGGCAUAUGGAUCGAACAUAGAACAAUAAAGCACAUAACCAGGCCCUUCAUCCCACAAUGUCAGUGUAAAACAUGAUGCCAAGUUAAACAAAUCUCCUUUGCCUGACCAUGAUCCAUAUCCCUCUUUUGCCUGCAUAUCCAUAUGUCUAUACAAAAGGCUCUUAAACACCACUAACGUAUUGUCUCCACCACCACCCUUGGCAGCGAGUUCUAAGCACCCACCUGGAAGGGGUUAGAGGGCUAUGGGCCACUUGAGGGCUAUGAGCUAAUACAUGGACUAUUUGGGCUUUUGGUAGAAAGUGAGCUGGUAACAAGUCACACUUGCAUGUUUGAAAAGGGGAGCUACAAUUGGUCUUGCAGCUGUCAAUAGAGUGGUGAGAUGUCAAAGUUCAGAACCGGCAUGUUCAAAAAGAAACAGGAAGAGCAUGCAAGGUUUAAGAGGAUGGAAUCAGACAAGGCCUUUAAAUAUAAAGAAAGGAGGAAAGAACUCGAGCAGGUGAUUAGAAGGGCCGAAAGGGUCCACAAAAUAGUUUUGGCGUAUCGGUUUAAAUCCCCAAACUUUAUACACCUUUAUACAGUGGUGCAACAGUAGAGUUGCUGCCUUACAGCGCCAGAGACACUGGUAUGAUCUUGACCUUGUGUGCUGUCCAUACAGAGCUGGUACAUUCUCCCUGUGACCACAUGGGUUUUCUCUGGGUGCUCCCGCAUUCCAAAGGCAUGCAGGUUUGUAGGUUAAUUGUCCCUGGUGUGUAAGAUAGAGCUAGAGUACAUGCUGACUUGGUGGGAAGGGCCUGUUUCCAGGCUGUAUAUCUAAACUAAUUUAAGGUUAUAUUAAAAACAAGAGGGUAACCAUGGAGAAGGUCGGAGAGAAUCGGAAGAUGUAGGCACAGCACCAAACAAGUAUUUUUCAUCUGUUUUCACUGAGGAGAAGGACAUGGAGGUCAGUGAAAUCAGUGUGGAGAAUACUAAUAUGCAAGGGCAGUUUGAGAGCAAGAAGGAAGCGGUGUUGGGGUUGCUGAAGUAUUAAAAUCCCCAGGACCUAAUGCAGUUUAUCCCAGGUAAUUGAGAGAGGUAAGAGAAGAGAUUGUGGGAGCUUUGAUGAAGAUCUUUGUACUUUCUCUAGCUCUUGGCAAGAUCCAAGAGGACUGGAGAGGCUGAUGUUGUUCCCUUACUUAAGAAGGGAAAUAGAUAGAAUCCAGGGAAUUAUAGGCCGGUGAACCUCAUAGUGGUCGGGAAGCUAAGGGAGAGGAUUCUUCGUGGUAGGAUUUUCUCCCAUUUGGAAGCGAAUAGGUUUGGGACAAUCUGUGGCUGUUCACAGCCGUUCAUGUUGUACUAAUCUGAUUAAGUUUGAGUAGAUGAUGAAGGUGAAUGACGAGGGUAAGGCAGUGAAUGAUGUAUAUUACCUUAGCAGCUUUGAUGUUCAAAGGGGUCUUUCAGUCAAGGUUCAUGACUUCCUGAAAGUGGCAACACAAGUAGAGUAAGUGGUAAAGAAGGCACAUAUAAUAAUAUAUAUAACAAUUACAGCACGGAAACAGGCCAUCUCAGCCCUACAAGUCCGUGCCGAACAACUUUUUUCCCCUUAGUGCCACCUGCCUGCACUCAUACCAUAACCCUCCAUUCCCUUCUCAUCCAUAUGCCUAUCCAAUUUAUUUUUAAAUGAUACCAACGAACCUGCCUCCACCACUUCCACUGGAAGCUCAUUCCACACCGCUACCACUCUCUGAGUAAAGAAGUUCCCCCUCAUGUUACCCCUAAACCUCUGUCCCUUAAUUCUGAAGUCAUGUCCUUUUGUUUGAAUCUUGCCUAUUCUCAAAGGGAAAAGCUGAUCCACAUCAACAUGGUAUGCUUGAUUUCAUAGGUUGGAGCAUCGAGUGUAAGAGCUAACAAGUCAUGAUGCAGCUUUAUGGGACUUUAGUAUGGGAUAGGUUUAGAGGGAUAUGGGCCAAAUGUAGGCAAGGGGGACCAGUGUUGGCGUGGGCAAGUUGGGCUGAAGGACCUGUUUUCAUGCUGCAUGACUAGUUAGGCUGCAUUGUGUGUAUUGCGUAUUGUGUGCAAUUCUGGUUGCCCCAGUGCAGGAAGGAUGUGGGUGCUUUGGAAAGGGUGCAAUGUUGGUUUACUAGAAUGAUGCCUAGAUUAGGGGGUAUUUACCACAGGGAGAGGUUGAGCAGACAAGAGGUGUAGAUAGGGUAGACAGUCCAUGAUGGAAAAAUCAAAUACUGUAUGUCAUAGCUUUAAAGUGAGAGGGGAAAAGGUUAAAGGAAAUGUGCGGAGCAAAUUUAUUUUACACAGGGUGCUGAGUGCCUGGAACACUCUGCCAAGGAUCAUGGUUGAGGCCGAUAUGACAGUGGCAUUUAAGAGACUUUUGGAUAAGCAUAUGGAUUUGGAAUCAAUGGACAGAUAUGGAUUAGGUGCAGGCACAUAAGCGGUGGCCUUGGCAUCAUGUUCAGCACAGACAUUGUGUGUGGUAUUCUAUGUUCUAGUAAACCAGAGUGUCCCAGAGAAUAUUAUCUGUUUCAAUCCUGACCUAGUGCUGUCUGUGUAAAGAGGGCACCUUCUCCCUGUGACUGCUUAGGUGUCCCCUGGGUGUCCUCGGGUUUCCUCUCAUUGUCCUGCUACAUCCCCAAAACAUAGAGUUUGAUGAGUUAAUCCACCAGCAUACAUUUCUCAAUGUGUUAAUUGGUAAAAUCUGGAGAAGUUGAUGAGAAUGUAGGGAGAAUGUAAAUGAAGAUAGACACAAAAUGCUGGAGUAACUCAGCGGUACAGGCAGCAUCUCUGGAGAGAAGGAAUGGGUGACGUUUCGGGUCCAGACACUUCUUCAGCCAUUUAUUCUCUCCAGAGAUGCUGCCUGUCCCACGGAGUUACUCCAGCAUUUUGUGUCUUAUCUUUGGUUUAAACAAGCAUCUGCAGUUCCUUCCUACGGAAUUAUAAAUGAGAUUGGUGUAGAUGGGUGCUUGAUUUAGUGGACCAAAAUGCCUGUUUCCAUGCUGUAUCAUUCUAUGACCUUUCCUGUUGAAAUACUGUAAAAUGCAGAGAAGAAUUGUAUUUAAUGGAAGCAUUACAUUGAAGAUGAGACUGGUGAAUUAUUAGCUCUUUGUAAGCUUGGCUUGAGUGCCACCAUCAGUUUCCCCUCUAAACAAAAAGUGUGAAAAUGUUUGUGUACUUUUAUACCUUACAUUCACCCAACCAGCAUUACGUCUCUUGCUGCAGGCAGCCUCUCUUGGAUCAGACAUUGAUCGCCGCAAGAGAGCAGCAAGAGCUAAACUACCCUUUUGAUUAACUUACUCAGAAUACCUAGACAAUCAUAAACAACACUACGCUUGGAAGAUAGCAAAGGGCAAUACAGCACAGGAACAGGUCGUUUGGUCCGCAACGUCCAUGGCAAACGAUGCCAAUGUAAUCUAAUCUACUUUGCCUGUAUGUGAUCCAUAUUCCUCUAAUUCUUGCAUAUCCAUGUGCAUUCCAGGCACCUACCAUUCUCCAUGUAAGACUGCAUGACUGCCAGGUGGGUGUGCAGGAGUUUGCAUGUUCUCUCUGUGACUGCAUGGGUUUCCUCUGGGAUUUCUUCCUGUUGGUAGGCUAAUUGGCCUCUGUAAAUUGCCCUUGUAUGUAUGGAGUGGAUAUGAAAGUGGGAUGACAGAAACCAAUGUGAAUGAGUGAGUGAUGGUCGGUUUGGACACUGGGCUGAAGGGCCUGAUUAUUCGCUGUAUCUUUCAAUCAAUCAAACAGUUUGCCAUAUCUAUGCCUCAUAAUUGUAUAUACUUCUAUUAAGUUGCUACUCAACCUCUGACGCUCCAAAGAAAACAAUCAACAUUUGUCCAAACUCACCUUAUAGCUAAUACGCUCUAAUCCAGGUAGUAUUCACUGCACCCUCUCCAAAGGCUACAUAUGCUUUAUGUAACAGGGCAACCAGAACUGUAUAUGAAACUCCAAAUGCAGCCUAACUAAAGUUUUAUAAAGCUGCAACAUGAUUCUUGUGCUCAAUGCUUUGAUUGCAAUCAUACCAACUACUUUCUUGGCCACGCUAUCUGCUUUUGCUGGCCGUUUCAGGGCACCAUGGAUUUAGACCCCAUGAUUGCUCUGUACAUCAUUAAGGAACUUGCAAUUGACUGUUAAUAUCUCCGUACGACCUCCCAAAGUGCAACACCCCACACUAUCUCAGAUUAAACUCCAUCUGAAUUUCUCCGCCCAUUCUGUAACUGAUGUACUGUCGAUUCCCCAGUGAUUCUACUAUAGCCCUCCCAAUGGUUGUGCUAUAACAUACAGUAGCUAUAUUAAAAAUGAGGGGGCAACCAGGCUCAAGGAUCAAGAAGGGAAUGUGUGCUUGGAAUCUGGAGCUAGGAAUUGUAUUAAAUGUAUACUUUGCAUUGUUUUCACCAAGGCUAAGGAGAUGGAGGGCAGUGAGAUGAGUGUGGAGGAAAACUAUGUACAACGGCAGUUUGAGAUUAAGGAGGAGCUGUUGAGGCUUCUGAAGAGCGUUAAGGUGGAUAUAUUCGCAGGACCUGAUGGGAUUUAUCCCAGGUUGUUGAUAGAGGCAAGAGAAGAGAUUGACGAAUAUCUUUACAUCUUCUGAAGAAGGGUCUCAACCUGAAACCUCACCUAUUCCUUUUCACCAGAGAUGCUGUCUGACCCGCUGAGUUCCUCCAGCUGUUUGCGUCUAUCUUCUCUCUACAUCUUUGCUGGCCACAGUUGAGGUCCUGGAGCACUGGAGAGUAAUAAUGUUCCUUUAUUUAAGAAGGUCAGUACACGAAAUCCAGGAAAUUAUAGGCGGGUGAGCCUCAUUUCAGUGUUUGGGAAACUAUUAGAGAGGGUACGUUGGUAUAGGAUUUACUCUGAUUUGGAGGGAAAUUACUAAAUUAAGGACAGCCAGCAUGGCUUUGUGCACGCAGGUCGUGUCUUACUAACUUGGCGGGGUUGUUUUGAGGUGGUGACGAAGGUGAUCGAUGAGGGUAGGGUGGUGAAUUUUAGUAAGGCAUCUGAUAAAGUCCCCCACAGUAGGCUGAUCCAGAAGAUUAAAAUGCACUGGAUUAAAGUGACUAGAUUAUGGAUUCGGAACUGCUUCACAGAGAAAUCAGAGGGUUGGCGUGGAAGGGCAAUAUUCAGGCUGGAAGUCUCUGCUGUUUGUGAUAUAUAUAUAAAUAACUUGGACAUAAACAUAGACGGGCUGGUUAGUAAGUUUGCAGAUGACACCAAGAUUGCUGGGGUCAAGUAGUCUAAGGAAGUCUGUCGAGGCAUAUUGCAGGAUAUAGAACAGCUAAAGUAAUGGAUGGAAGAAUAGCAGAUGGAGUAUAAUCCGAGCAAGUGCAAGGUGUUGCACUUUGGGAGGCCAAAUGUAAAGAGAAAAUAUACAAUUAAUAGCAUGACCAUCAAUGAUGUACAGCAACAUCAUAGAUGUACAUGGGGAUCUUGGGGUCCAAGUCCAUAACUCCAUGAAAGUGCCAACUCGAGCAGAUAUAAUGGUAAAUAAGGCAGAUGGUAUACUGGCCUUCAUUAGUUGGAGCAUUCAGGAUGUCAUGAUGCAGCUUCAUAGGACUUCGUUAGGCCACAUUUGGAAUAUUGUGUGCAGUUCUGGCUGCCCCAUUACAGGAAGGAUGUGGAGGCUUUGGAAAAGGUGCAGAGGAGGUUUACCAGAAUGUUGCUCGGAUAAGGAGGUAUUAGCUACAGGAUGAGUUUGGACCAGUUUGGAUUAUUUUCUUUGGAAUGCCAGAGAUUGCGGGAAGACCUAAUAGAAAUAUCUCAUAUGAGUGGCAGAGAUAGGGUAGACAGUUACAACCUUUUUCCCAGGAUGGAAAAAACAAAUACUACUGGGCAUAGCUUCAAGGUGAAAGGAGCAAAGUGUGAAGGAAAAGUGAUGGGCAACUUUUGUACACAGAGGGCAUUGAGUACUAACAAUGCACUGCCAGGGUUGGUGAUUGAGGCCAAUACCAUAGUGGGAUUUAGGAGGCUUUUGGAUAGAUGUAUGGCUAUGCAGGAAAGGGAGGAAUAUUGAUUAUGUACAGGUCGAUAAGUGAUGGUUCGGUUUGGACAUUGUGGGCCGAAGGGCCUGUUCUAGUGCUGUAUUGUUCCAUGUUCUAUGAGGGUUGUUUGUGGGACCUAAAAUUUGAGAAUUCAAUGUUUAUAUCAUUAGAUUGUAUGUGGAAUAUGGGGUGCUGUUCCUCCAGUUUGUGUAUGAACUUAUUCUUGCAAUGGAUGAGGCCCAGUACAGAAAGGUCAAUAUGGAAUGGGAAGCGGAGUGAAAAUGGUGAGUAACCGGGAGAUCCAGCAGGCCUCGGACUAAACGCAAAUAUUUGAUGAAAUGGUCGGCAGGUCUACAAUAGGUCUCAGCGAUGUAACGGAGGCCCAUCGGGAACACCGAAUGCAGUAGAUGUGGUUGGAGGAGGUGCAUAUGCACCUCUCUCUGACUGCUGGGGUCACUGAAUGGAUGUGAAUGAGGAGGUGUAAGGAUAGGUGUUGCAGGGAAAGGUAUGUGGAGGUGGGUGGGGUGAACGGACCAGGAGGGAAGAGAUGUAAAUCGUGGAAUUGUGGGAGUCUGCAGAAUGGAGUGGGGAUAGAAAGAUGUGAGUUGUGGCGAAUCACAUUGAGGCAGUGGAAAUAUCGGAUCUGUUAGAUGCGGAGGUAGGUGAGGUGAAAGGACCAGGUGAACUCUAUCAUUGUUCUGUAUGGGGGGGAGGGAGAGCGAGACCAGAACAACAGGAUGAGGAUUCAUCAAUGACAGCGUGGGAUACCAUGUUUACUAAAGAGUGAGGACUUCUUGGGUGUCCUAGAAUAGGAGCCGAUACAGCAGAGAUGGAGAACUUGAGAGGAAAGGAUAGCAUCUUUGCAAGAAGCAGGAUGGGAGGAGGUAUAGUCCAAUAGCAGUUCCUUGUAUCUCUGAACAACAUUGGGUACUGUGCAGUCCCCUGGGAUCUUGCCUGUGGUUGUAGAAGAUACAAUGAUCUUUGUCAAGACCCCUGCAAUCCCCUCUCUUGCACCCCCUGAGUAGCCCUAUCUUUUCCCUAGUUACUUUCUUGUUUUUAAUGUACAUAAAAAAAACCUUGGGAUUAUUUUAAUCUGACUUGCCAGUGACAUUUCAUACCCUCUAAAGGCCUACUUGCCUUAUUUUCCACUUGCUUUAUAUUCCUCAAAGGCCCUGUAUGACAUUGAUAGCACAAAGUUAAUUUCUGUUCCAAGUGUUAAUUUAUUUAUUUGAUGAGGCUGGCAGGAAAAUUUCAUCUAGAAAAUUGAGGUUAUUAGCAGUUUGGUUAAUGUUAUUUUAAAAAAAAGGCAGAGUGCCACAAGUGAAUAAUUCAAAACCUAGACAUUGGAUUUGCUCUAUGUUGGCAUAUCCAGCAGUAACACCAGGUGGACUUGUUGCCUGAGCACACAGCUGCCUGCUCUGAGGGAUAUGGGGGUACAGUGUUGAGUAUUCCCCCCCUGCAUCCACGCAUUACAUUCCUACAGAAAACACAAGGAAAACAGAUUCUAGCACUAAAUGCACAAAUGUGAUCAGGGCUGCUUGUCUACAACAAGACAGACCAAGAGAGAGUCAAGAGUGUUUUAUUGUCAUUUGUCCCGAAACAGAACAAUGAAAUUAUAGCAGCAGCGCAACAGAUAUAUAAAUGUAGGUUCAGGUGAAGCGGAGGUUCACUUGCACCUCCUCCAACCUCAUCUACUGUAUCCGUUGUUCAAGAUGUGGACUCCUGUACAUCGGCGAGACCAAACGCAGACUGGGCGAUUGUUUAGCUGAACACCUUGUCGCAGCCCGCAUGAUCCUACCUGAUCUCCCGGUUGUUAAACACUUUAAUUCUCCUUCCCAUUCCUACACAGACCUUUCUGUCCUAGGUCUGCUCCAUUGUCAGAAUGAGGCUAAAUGCAAAUUGGAGGAACAACAUCUCAUAUUUCGCUUGGGGCAUCCCAUGGUGGGAUGAAUAUUGAUUUCUCUCACUUCAGGCAGCCCCGGCAUUCCCUCUCUCAAUCCCUCCCCCACCCAAAUCGCACUAGCUUCAGGUUUUCAGCCAACAAACAGCUAACAAUGGCCUGUUACCUUUAACAUUGUUACUUUUUUGCACAUUUCUCAUUCAUUGUUCCUUAUCUCUCGACAUCAUCAUCUAUAUCUCUCGUUUACCUUAUCCUAACCAGUCUGAAGAAGGGUCUCGGCCUGAAACAUCACCCAUUCCUCUCUAGAGAUGCUGCCUGUCCUGCUAAGUUACUCCAGCUUUUUGUGUCUUUGGUUUAAACCAGCAUCUGCAGUUCCUUCCUACACAUAUCAGUAUUCAGUAUUUACUUUAACUGAGUACUUACAUACACAGAUGAAAUGAAAAAAAUGUUUCUCCAUCAGUUCCUGUCAGUGCAGUUAAUAAAAACAGAAUAAAUACAUAUAGCUUUAAAAAUUAAAAUGACCAUAUCUAAAAUAGGCCUAAUAAUUGAAAUAAAAACGGACAUUCAGACCGUACAGUGGCUUUGCUUUGCCAGGUGCCUAACUGCCAAAGUAUGGGUGAGAUUAGACGUGUUGGUGUAUGAUGUAUGGGGAGGGGACACAGUCCGUUAAGCAGUCUUAUUGCAUGUGGAAAGAAGCUGUGUAGCAUCCUGCUGGUUUUGCAACUGAUGCUGCUGUACCUCAUCCCAGAUGGCAGAAUGGAGAAGAUGUGGUUUGAUGGAUGAUAGGGGUCCUUAAUAAUGGAGAUGGCUCUGCUGAUGCUCCGCUUCUGAUAGAUCUCCAACAAGAAAGGGAGUGGGGCACCAAUGAUCCUACUGGCUGUCUUCACUAUCCUGUUAAGUUGGUUUUGCUCAUAAGACUUGUAGCUCCCAAACCAGGAAGUGAUGCCGUAGGUCAAUAUACUCUCGAUGGUGCCCCUGUAGAAGGUCCUUAGGUGAACAGUAGGGAGACCUGCGUUUCUUAGUCUCCGGAGAGGGUGGAGCCGCUGCUGAGCUCUUUUGAUCACUGCUGUGGUGUUGGUCGUAGAGGUCAGGUCAUCCGCCAGGUGGAGUCCCAGGAACUUCACACUGCUGACCCUCUCCACAGCAGCUCCAUCAAUAUGCAGCGGAGUGUGAUGGUGUUUUCCAGCCCUCCUGAAAUCGAUCACCAUUUCCUUUGUCUUUUCCACGUUGAGGGUGAGAUUGUGAGAUCUGCACCACUCUGUAAGCAGCUCUACCUCCAUCCUGUACGCCGACUCAUUGUUGUCGCUGAUGAGACUCACCACUGUUGUGUCAUCAGCGAACUUGUUGAUAUAAUUAUUGCUGAGUCUGGCAGUACAGUCAUGAGUAAGCAGACUGAACAGCAGGGGGCUUAGGACACAGCCUUGGGGUGAGCCAGUGCUCACAGCGAUGGUUCUUGAUGUCUGACUGCCCAUCCUGACUGUCUGCUGCCGCUGCGUCAAAAAGUUAAGGACCCAGUUGCAAGUGCCAGUGUCCACCUUCAACAGCUUCAGCUUCUUCACCAGCUGCUGUGGGAUGAUUGUGUUAAAAGCGGAGCUGAAGUCUAUGAAGAGGAUCCUGGCAUAGGUAUUCUUCCGGUCGAGAUGUGAUAGUGCGAGGUUGAGUGUUGUAGAGACUGCGUCCUCUGUGGACCGGUUGGCUCUGUAAGCGAACUGCAGUGGGUCCAGGUUGGCAGGGAGACAGUUUUUGAUGUGCUGCAUGACCAGCUGCUCAAAACACUUCAUUAAUAUGGGUGUGAGAGCCACUGGACGAAAGUCAUUGAGACAGGCUGGGUUGGGCUUCUUCGGGUCGGGGACGAUGGUGGCACUUUUGAGACAGUUGGGCACUACUGCCUGGCAGAGUGAGAUGUUAAAAAUGUCCUUCUAAGGAAGUAGAGCCUUGACGGGCGUUCUUUAUGAUUGCAUCAAUAUGCUGCAUCCAGGACAGAUCUUUGCAUGCCCAGGAAUAGGCAGAUGGGAGAGUCUGAACAUAAAAUUCAUGCCCCAGUGGAUCAUUUUUAUGUGCACAGAGUCUUUUACCCAGGGUAAAGAAAUCAAGAACCAGAGGACAUAGGUUUAAGGUGAGGGGGGGAGAAUAUUUAAUCAGAACCUGAGGGGCAACUUUUUUUACACAAAGGGUGGUGGGUGUAUGGAAAAAGCUGCCAGAGGAGGUACUUGAGGCAGGUACUAACGCAAUGUUUAAAAUACAUUUGGACAGGUACAUGGAUAGGAUAUGUUUAGAAAAAUAUGGGCCAAAAGCAUGCGUGAGACUAGUGUAAAUGGGGCAUGUUGUUUUGUGCGACCAAGUUGGUGUGAAGGGCCUGUUUCCACGCUGUAUGAUUAUAUGUUUAACUCCAGCCUUCAUGCAUAACGUAUAGUUUACUUGCUCUCAUACAUCCCUCAAAUCCCCUUUUCAUCUUCCCCAUUAACCUACACUGAACGGUAAUUAAUGAUUCCCCAUUAACCCCCAGCACAUCUUUAAAGAUGUGGAGGCAACUAGGGCAUCCAGAGGAAACCUAUACAGUCUCAGUGGAGGUGUUCACACAUGUCCUGUUGCUUUACACAAAGCACAAUCAAGUUUUGCUUAAGAUGGACACAAAAAGCUGGAGUAACUCAGCGGGUCAGACAGCAUCUCUGGAGAAAAGGAAUAGGUAACAUUUUUGGGGGGGGGACCUUUCUUCAGUUGCAAGUUUUGCUUGCUUCUUUCUAAACAGUUUCCACUGCUAUAUUGCAAUACCAAAGGUGAACAUAUUACAAGAACACCCAUUGUCAUCUGAACAUCCACAAUGGUCAGUUUCUCACUAAUUCUGCAGAGGAUCCUUUAACUUGAAACAAUGGUAAGACAGCACAGGAAGUUGUUGCAGAUAAUUUUAUGUCUAGCUUUGGAUAGAAAGAAAUGGAAACUGAGGCCAGGCCAGCUAGCUAGUGAACAGAAGACAACCAUUAGAGGAUGUUGUACACCAUUGUUACAGCAAGUUGGUGGAUCAAAAAGGAUAGAGAAAGAUAAUGUACCAAGCUUGCAGUCACGUAUCAAUGGUAAUUCUGAUGUUGGUAGGAUGGCUAUAUUGGUGGGAUGACAAUAGAAGAAAACGGAUUUGACGCAUGGAGUCGAAUUGAAGAUGUGCUGACACAUCCAAAAACUUGAGUGGAAAACAAAAUGGAAGGUGGGGUGUUAAGAGUAAGAGGAGAGAUACAAGAGCUGAAGAAAAUAGGAGCUGGAGUGGCCACAAGCCUGUUUUGCCGUUCCACAUGAUUAUGACUAAUCUAUAUUGGCCUCAUCUGUUCUGUACCAGUUUCUCAUAGCUAUCAAUUUGUCAGUUAUUUAUCUAUCCACAACUUAGAUAUCCGUAAAGACCUGACCUCCAGCUCCCUCGGUGGCAGAGAAUUCCAGUGAUUCUUUAUCCACUGAGAGAUGACAUUUCUAUACACCUCAGUUUGAAAUGAAAGCAUGUAGUGUUUUUUAUCUGAGAUGAUAAUGAUGCCAGUGGGGUGGGGAAGUACUGGUAAAGAUGAUCAUUAAUCUCAAGAUCUGUGGGAAGUUGGUAGCGAGCAAUUUGAAUGGAAUAGGGUUGUUGAAGCAAGAUUAAAAUAUUGUUACAUAGACAAUGGGUGCAGGCAUAGGCCAUCCGGCCCUGCGAGCCAGCACCGCCAUUCAAUGUUAUCAUGGCUGAUCAUCCACAAUCAGUACCCAGUUCCUAUCGUCCCCAAUCAAUAACCCGUGCCUGCCUUCUCCCCAUAUCCCUUGAUUCCAUUAGCCCUAAGAGCUCUACCUAACUCUUUUGAAAGCAUCCAGUGAAUCGGCCUCCACUGCCUUCUGAGGCAGAGAAUUCACAAAUUCACAACUCUCUGGGUGAAAAAGUUUUUCCUCAUCUCAGUUCCAAAUGGCCUACACCUUAUUCUUAAACUGUGGCCCCUGGUUCUGGACUCCCCCAACAUCGGGAACAUGUUUCCUAUAUCUAGCGAUCUAAUCCCUUAAUAAUUUUAUGUGUCGAUAAGAUCCCCUCUAAAUUCCAGUGACUACAAGCCCAGUCGCUCAAUUCUUUCAUCAUUAACAGUCUCGCUAUCCUGGGAAUUAACCUAGUGAACCGAUGCUGCACUCCCUCAAUAGCAAGAUACUUAGUAUCUUGUAGAUACAAGUAUGCUGUUGUUAUACCUAAAUGAAUAAAUGUGCCUCUUAAAAAGUUAGGCUGCUUAACAUUUCAUAUUUUAUCCCAGACAUUUGCUGAAUCAAUUACUCUCUUUUCUAAACUAAGAAAAUAAAUUUGUACUAGAUUGCAAACCUUCGAUAAUUGCCCCUCAAAAAAUGAUCAAAGUAUGUGGUUCGGUGACACUUUAGAAGACAUAAAUUUGUAAUCUGAAGAAAUUUUAAGAAAACAAUACAAGAAAAAUCAGUGAACGGUUAUGCUACUUUUAUAAAUAUCCAUUGCUAUUUUAAAUUUGCACAAUGUGUCUAAUUCCAUGAGUAUCUAUGGCAAAUAAAAGGCAGUUGGGCCAAAUCAAAUGGAUGUAUUUGACUUGUGACAAAACAAUUGGUGCCUUCCCACACAAAAUAGAGCAAUGCAAUAAUCCGAUUUAGAGAUGAGUAUGCAGGUAGAAGCAUCAUUCAACAUCUUGUAAAUGCCAUCCACAAUUUUUAAUCCUAUUGUUUUUUGGCAAUUAGGCGGUUGUGCAUUUUUGAGUACUGAGAUUUUUCAUAUGUAGGUAUUAUAUUAACUCCCAGCACUGAACAAUGAGCAAGAACCAUGGCUUGUGCAGGAUGCGACUCUGACAAGUUUGGAAGUUGAAGUGUUUACGUAAUGGAUAAAACUGACAUUAUUUAAAAUGAGCAUAAUUUGAAAUUGUUCAACUGAGCAAUGUAGUUUUUUUCUGCUAUCUAUCCUCACAGGAAUUUUAAACUGAUGAGUAGGGUAUCUGCAUCUGCAAACAUUAAACUGACACGUUGCAGGAAGCUUCCUACAUUCAAUGAGCUUAUACAGAGAGAGAGGUUCUUUCGAUAGCUGAUUGUCUGCAUUGUGAAGUGUUAUACAUUACCAUGUACAAUGAUAGCAUCUAUAUUUCAAAGCUUUCCCAUUGUAAUAUGGUGAUAGAAGUAAAACACUUUGCACUGGUUUAUAAAACUGAACAGUGGUCAGUUUUGUUUGAGUGUAAUGUGACAGCAUAUUCCAAAACUCACUGUAAAUACAAAGUGCACAAAAUAUAAUGACAUUUAUAUAUAUUUUUAUGCAGCAAAUCUUAAUGUAUCUAAAAGUAAUUUGUACAUAUUGUAGCAUAUUCAGAUGACACAGAAUCUGCCCUUAUAAAUGAUAUAUUGAGUAUUGAUUUAAUAAGGUACAGUAUUUGAUAGUAUGUAAUUCAAGCAAUCUUUCUACUAGGAGGAUGUUAUGUGUUGUUUGUCAUUCAUAAUUUUGAAAUAGGCAUUUAUUUCUUGCAUUGAAUUGCAGAAUAGUACAAAAGCACUGGAAUUUAAGUACUAAUUUUAAAAUGUAUUAUUUUGUCCUGUUAGGUCUGCAGAAUCUCAUUCAUUUUGAAGCUUUGUUCAGUGGUAUUCGCUCCAAAGGCAAUUAUUUUUAAACCAGCAUCUGCAGUUCUUUCCUACAUAUUUUUAAUCUUUGUUCCUUCAUUGAAAAGAUUGAACAGACUAGGUUUGUGUUCACUGGAGUUUAGAAGGAUAAGGGGGCAUCUUAUAGAAACAUAGAAUUAUAAAAGGACUGGACAAGCUAGAUGCAGGAAAAAUGUUCCCAAUGUUGGGUGAGUCCAGAACCAGGGGCCACAGUCUUCGAAUAAAGGGGGAGCCAUUUAAGACUGAGGUGAGAAAAAACUUUUUCACCCAGAGAGUUGUGAAUUUAUGGAAUUCCCUGCCACAGAGGGCAGUGGAGGCCAAGUCACUGGAUGGAUUUAAGAGAGAGUUAGAUAGAGCUCUACGGGUUAUUGAUUGGGGAUGAUCAGCCAUGAUCACAUGAAUGAAUAGAUCAAUAAAUGGCGGUGCUGGCUCGAAGGGCCAAAUGGCUUCCUCCUGCACCUAUUUUCUAUGUUUCAUGAUGAUUUUGACAGAACUUGCUAGAUAUUCCUCCUCACCAGAUAAUGUAAAAAUUGAUGUUCCUUUUGUUAAUCAAGUUAUUUGGUUCCAUUUGUCCCUGGGUAAGGAACAGAAAAUACUUUCAGAAUAAUAUGCAUGUUUAAAUUGAGUGGAAAUAUGGAAAAUGUAAGGAUUAGCUUCACAGGAAAGGAUCAAAGACUAAAAGCAGGCUAUGUCCAGUUAACUGCGGGUAAUAAAAUAUACACCUUUCUGCUGGAUCAUUUUUUGAACAAAAUAUGAAAGGAAAAACAUAACUCCUAGGAGUGGUGAGAUUUAUUGUGAUUUAGUCACUCAAAUAUACUAAUCUUCUCUGAGAGAAUAUAGCCAAUUAAAAAACAUUUUACUGUGAACAAGGCAGCAUUUUGCUCCGUCUGAACAAGUGUUAAAAGUAUUUUCAUUUAAAAAAGUGCUUCUUUUUGUUGAUUUGUAUGCUGCUAAUUUUGAACAAAUAGAAUAAAAUUAGCUGUACCUUUGUGUCUGUUUCCAGUUAAAGCAACCAGGUUGAAUUUUCCAAGUACAAGGGAGAUUUCUUAAGAUUAUUCCUGAUGAGAUUACAUUAGUCUUUGGGCAAUAUUUUAUAGAUAUCCCAAAGGGAAAUAAUGCUUAAAUAGAUACCUUUGAGUGAUAUUCUUGGUAACCUGAGAUUUUAAUGUUCAUUACAUUUGCUGACUCUUAUCUAAUUCAACUGGAAUAGUGUUAUAUUGAAAAUGAGGGGAUAGAAUUGUUGCUGGUUCCAAAGUGGACAUGCAAUAUCGAUGGACAGACAAUUGUGCCACGUAGCUAAUAGCUAAAUACAGGUACAUGGACCAAAGGUUGUCAAGAAGACGACUCCAUCACAUAGCACAUCAACAAUCCAGACAAUUAGCUUUCUCUAAAAUGAUUAUUUGAUGAUGUCCUUGUUCAAAGCAACUCGCUGAAAGUAUUCAGUUGCUUCAUAUGUUAAGUAUUAAUUUAUUCUUCUCAAGGCUGAAUGUCCUCAUCUCAAGCUGUUGCAAUAGUACCUAUCUAUUGGAAUUGAACCGAAGCCUGCAAUGUCCAUUUCUUAAAAUAAAGUUUCUCCCAGUCAUGCUGAAAAUGUGUGUGAAGCAGAAGUAUUGGUUGAAGGAUCC